CUUCAUUUUAACUUCGAGCUUUUUUUUUUUUUCCUUUUUUAGCUCGCAUUUCUCAACAACGAUUCCUUGCCAUGGAGCUGCAAUUUCCCUGUUUUUCACUUGUUUCAGCUUUCAUCAUCUUCCUCUUCAUCAGGAUAUGGAAGAAAUCUAAAACCAGCAACUCCUGUUCAAAUUUGCCUCCAGGUCCAUGGAAGUUGCCCCUCCUUGGAAACAUUCACCACCUACUUGGCUCCCUACCCCAUCGCCGUCUCAGAGGUUUAGCAAACAUUAACGGACCUGUCAUGCGCCUUCAACUCGGUGAAGUCAUCUCUUCACCAGAAAUGGCGACGAAAGUCUUGAAAACCCAUGAGAUUAAUUUUGUUGACAGACCUCGCCCCCAGGUUGCAAGUAUCCUGUUCUAUGAUCGUCAAGACAUUGCAUUUGCACCAUAUGGAUAUUAUUGGAGACAGAUGCGAAAAAUUUGCAUGUCGGAAUACUUCAGUUCCAGACGGGUGCAAUCCUUCAAAUCAAUCAGGGAAGAAGAGGUAUCGAAAUUUAUCACAUCCAUUUCUGCUAAAGCUAGAUUCCCAAUCAAUCUUAGUAAGAUGAUCAUUUCUUUAACUAAUGACAUCAUUGCAAGAACAACCAUUGGUAUCAAAUACGAAAACCGACGAGAAUUAUUCAACCCCAUCGUGGAAGCAUGGACCGAGGCAGUAGGGGGUUUCGGUGUAGUGGACGUGUUCCCUUCCUUUAAAUUGCUUCACAUGAUCAGCGGGACUAGUUCUAGGCUCAAGAGGGCGCAGCAAGAAGCAGAUAAGAUGCUUGAAAACAUCAUAAAUGAGCGUAAAUGCAGCAGGGAGGCAGGUGAUAAGGGUGAAAUCGGUACUCUUCUUGAUGCUUUGGAUCUUCAAGACCUCGGAAACCUCAACUUCCCCUUAACAAAUGAAAACAUCAAAGCAAUUAUCCUGGAUAUGAUCACUGCUGGAAGUGACACAUCGUCGGCGAUUAUAGAAUGGGCUAUGUCGGAAAUGCUGAAAAAUCCAAGAAUAAUGAAAAAGGCACAGGAAGAAGUGAGACGAGUCUUUAGUCAAAAUGGAAGUGUUGAUGAAGCAUGUUUUCCAGAAUUAAAAUUCUCGAAGUCGAUUAUUAAAGAAACUCUUCGAAUACAUCCUCCAACGCCCUUGAUUCCAAGAGAAUGCAGGGAGAGAUGUGAGAUUAAUGGAUAUGACAUACAUGCCAAAACUGAAAUUCUCAUCAACAUAUGGGCGAUUGGAAGAGAUCCCAAUUGUUGGACUGAUGCAGAAGAGUUCCAUCCAUAGAGAUUUCUUGAUAGCUCAAUUGAUUACAAGGGAGUUGAUUUCGAAUUUAUUCUUGGUGUUGGAAGAAGGAUGUGUCCAGGCGUGUUGUUAGGCAUUGCUAAUGUAGAGCUUCCGCUUGCACAAUUGUUAUACCAUUUUGACUGGAAGUUAUCAAAUGGAGUAAAACCAGAAGAUCUUGACAUGACGGAAGCAUUCGGUGCAAUAACCAGAAGAGAAACAAAUCUUAAUUUAGUUCCCAUCCCAUCCCAUUCUCUUCAUGUGGAAUAAAAUUAAUUAUCAGAUAUUGUAUUCCAUUUGAUGGAAAAUAUGGACAAAUUACUCAUCAUUAUCUGGUAGGUACAAAUAAUUAAUAUCAUAAUAAAGAUAACACAUAAAUUGUGCUUUCUUGUGCAAAUGCAGCAGCACUAUUGAUUUGUUAUUUUGCCUGUAAUGUCCCUUUAGUGGGAUAAGUUUGAAUUUAAUAAUUAUUAAAUUAAAUAUUUAUAUUUAAAUUUAUA